GUAUUGAGUGUUGAUUAGUUUUGCGGGCAUGAAAACAGCGAGCAGAAGGCAAUUUUCUUGCAGUCGGUUAGUCAAUCUGUGCGCGACAGCAGUGGCGAUUGGAAUGUGACAAGAUUACAACUGUACAACUGUUCGGCUGUUCUAUCCGACUACUACUACGAUAUAUAAUUCGAUAUUAAAUACGCGACAGUAUCAAGCAGCAACAUCAAACAGGAAAGAAACACGAAUUCUUUGAAAAACACUCUGACUAAUCAAAUAAGAUGGAGAUGCAGAACAAAACUCUCCCAGAGGAGAACCGGAAAUCUUGGUUUGGAUCAAAAACUAGUUAUAGUUUGGACCAAAAGGAAAAAGGUUAUGAAGAAACGCAGAGCAUGGGUUUUCAAUCGAAAGAUCCCAUAAUAGCGAUCCAGAUGCCAGACAAGGCGAGUAAAGAGAAAGAGGCCAUGGGCGCUGUAGCACAAAGAGGCCACGGAGGUCAUGGUAUAUCAGUUGAACACCCAACGUCAUAUGGCGAAACGUUGAUGCAUCUACUAAAAGGAAAUGUAGGCUCUGGAGUAUUUGCCAUGGGGGAUGCUUUUAAAAAUGCUGGGAUUGCAGUGGCGCCUGGAUUGACAUUAUUUUUAGGAUUUAUAUGUGUUCAUAGUAUGCAUUUAUUGCUGGGCGCUUCCAAGAAAAUGACAGAAAAACUAAAAUUAGAGAGUUCACCUGAUUUUGCUCAGACUGUAGAACUUUGCUUUGCAACUGGACCUCUUUCUUUAAGGAAAAUUGCGCCCUACAUGAGAAAAUUAAUAAAUCUCUUUCUAUGUGUAACACAACUUGGCUUUUGUUGUGUUUAUUUUGUUUUUAUUUCAACAAAUAUAAAACAGGUAGUUGACUAUUAUGGUUUUAAAAUGGACGUCCAUUUACACAUGGCAAUUGUUUUGUUUCCCAUUUUGUUGACCUGCUUUAUCAGGAAUUUAAAAUAUUUGGCGCCGUUCUCGAUAAUUGCUAACAUUUUAAUGUUAGCAGGGAUCAGUAUUACUUUAUAUUACACUAGUGUCGAUUUACCUUCCAUUACUACAAGACACUACGCUGCUGACAUACAGAAAUUGCCUCUAUUUUUUGGGACAGCAUUAUAUGCUUUCGAAGGAAUUGGCUUGGUUUUGCCUCUUCAAAAUGAAAUGAAAAAGCCAAAUCAGUUUCCACGUCCCUUCGGGGUACUAAAUUUAGGUAUGACUAUAGUGACAUUUUUAUAUUUUACUGUGGGUUUCCUAGGAUAUUUAAAAUAUGGCGAAGACGUAGCGGGAAGUAUCACCUUGAAUCUGCCAGAAGACGAAAUUUUAGCACAGUCUGUGAAAGUUAUCAUUCCGUUGGGAAUUCUUCUUUCUUAUGCACUUCAGUUUUAUAUUCCGAUUGACAUAAUGUGGCCACCGGUUAAUGAAUCGCUUGGACCGUUCAAAUUUCCAAUUUUUGCUGAAUUGUCGUUCCGAGCCUUAUUUGUAUUACUUACGUUUGUUCUUGCCGAAGCCAUCCCGUACUUGAAUCUUUUUAUAUCGUUGGUGGGAGCCGUCAGCAGUACUGCCCUGGCUCUUAUCAUACCUCCCAUCCUGGACAUGGUGAUCAGUUGUAGUGUAUCCGAAGUAACGCCGUGGACGUUGUCGAAAAAUAUCUUUAUUCUUGCCGUCGGAAUCUUGGGAUGUAUUACAGGAACGUACGAAAGUAUUAACGAAAUAGUGAAGGCGUUUGUAAGCGAUAACAAGUAGAAUUUAGUGUAAAGGCUGUGAAACUUUUGACUCUACUUUCUGAUAGCUUUAAGGAUUAACUUAAUUUAUUUGUAAAUGUGUACCAUAACGCAAUUGUAAUAUAAUAGAAUUGUACGAAUUUUAAUGAUAGUUUUACAUUUUUGAAUUGUGAAAACUUCAAUCAAAAUAAAGUUUUUGUAUGUUUUAA